AUGCUAUUUUUGCUCAUCCGAGGCCAACGCCUUGGUUUCGUCCUCCUAGGCCAGGCCGAGGUGUUGAAAGCAGUCGUUAAACUGUGGCACUCAACCCUUUCCCAAGGAUCCACUCCCACAUUUGCCCGGCACGAGUGGAGCGCAGGCAUAGGACGCACUGCACCCUCCCAGCGCCCCGGAGACACAGCACGCAGAGCCGGCGCCGGAUACCCUGGCCUGAAACGGGCGAUCGCGACCAGACACGCUGAGCAGGCACCAUACGCCCUGGCUGGAUGCCCACACUCGCAUGACGCCUCGGGGCUGCCCUAUAGCGCACCGGGCUAUGGGCACAUGGUACGGAUGAGUUCCUUCUCCAGAUGGGCAUUUCUACACGUAACACAGUACUGCGCCAGAGAACUGAAGUCAUUGAAGUCCAUACCUCAUGGAGGCUGUCUCCAGCGGUCCACACCGAGAGCCUCAGGAUGCCUAUCAUCUUUUACAGGAAGACUUUCUUCCCUGUUGACGUUCCAAUGGGGUGUAUAUUCCAAACCUUCCCCGGCGAACAAGUUAGAGGUCUUCAUCCUCUUCUGUUUCUGUCUCGUCAUCGGUGCAGCGAUAGGAGGUCUUCUACACGUCUGGAUGGUCUACAGUCUGAACUACCAGCCCUUUACCUCAAUGGUGGUGUCCAGUACCUGGGGCUGUAUAGUAGUCCUGCUGUUGCUCCUCCUCCACCCCGUCCGCUGUGUCCUCUCUAUGUCAGUGCCCUCCCUGGGAACCAAACAGGGCAGGAAGAUCCUCAUCUCCACCGCCCUGGUUAUUGUGGUGACCAGCUGCAUCCCCAACAUGACCAGGAACUUGAGCCGCUCUGUUGACAUGAUCAAGUGCUCCUCCCACAGCACCGUCGAGAGAAUCCUGGCCUCCACCAGUCAAGUAAACAAUGCCCUACACGACAUGAAGAAUUUAAUCGGAAGCAUACCGAGACUUGUGAACAGCGACCGGUUCUUGCAGAUCGAGCAGAAAGUGGAUGUGGAGGAGAUGAAGAUGGGUAUCAGAAACGCCUCGGCCAGACUGAAGGCUGAGUUCAAAGCCAUGCAGGAUACUCUGGAGGUCACAGGUCACGUAGCCCAGAAGGUCAUCGCCUCCUCCUUCAUCAUGCUGCUGCUGGGGAGUUCUGCCAGUUACCUGGUCAGGUAUCUCACAGACCUAAAGCACGACAAUGUGUGUCAGACACGCCGGCUACAGGAGUUACUGAGGGCCCGGGGGGUGGAGGAGCUCCCAGAGGCCUACAGAAAGAGGCUGGUGAGGACCAGGGGCUGGAGGAUGACACAGAGGGAGCUGAGACGAUGCCUGUGGGGAGGCACCAUCCUGGGCUUCUACUGCCUGGUAUGUGCCCUGGUCCUAGGGCUCGACCACCUCAUCUACUCUGUCCUGCAGACGUCUCUGAGCUGGGCACAGGACAUUCCUGAGGUGAAAACUACCAUUUCACUCCGUAUGAAGAUUACAGUCCUAAUCAUUGACCUUAUCCGUGAACCUGCUGGAGAAAUGAACAAAGAGUAUCGCUACAGGAUCCUGCUGUUGCCCCCGGACUGCGUACGUCCCCUGUCCCCCCCAGACCCGUCUGUCCUCUCCACCACCGCAGCCCUCUUCCUCACCGCCCUGGUCAUGAUUCUGGGAGAGGUGUUCACCAGGAGGAUCAGGAGGAAGAUCUGUUCGUCCUUCUACAGAGACAGAGAGGAGGAACGAGCCUUGUACCUGCGGGACAAGAUUCUAUUAAAGCUGGAGGAUGAGGGAAAUAUUUCCUAGAUCGGUAAACUGGAAGGCGGAUCAGACCAUAAACCUCGGGAACAAGAUUCUACUGCAGACCAACGAUGACUGGAAAUGAACAAGAUUCUACUGCAGACCAACGAUGACUGGAAAUGAACAAGAUUCUACUGCAGACCAACGAUGACUGGAAAUGAAGAAGAUUCUACUGCAGACCAACGAUGACUAGAAAUGAACAAGAUUCUACAUAUACAUUAAUCAAUCAAUCAUGUCAAUAAGAUAAUUGACUUUAAAUCUUAUUAAAAUCAGCAUUACCUAUC